GACGUCAUACCUCGAUAUAUUUUUGGAUACUAGUAUAUCGAGGUCUGACAUCAUUAUUUCACAAAACUGGAUCUAGCUAAACUCUCAGGCACACCGGCCAGCGCGCUCUCUCUCCCGGCAAGUCCAGCGAUGUGUCGGCACAGGCACUGAUCUGCGUUCUGCUGAGCACGAUGGCUCAGAGAAAAGUAGAUUCCCAUUCAGCCGUUGGACUGAACUGGUACUGUAACACAGUAUGGAUGGUCAAUAUGAAGCAAGCUUCAUCGAAUUCCUCCAAGAGCUCUGAACUCUGUUCUGAUCAUUUUGAAGAUGCUUGCUUUGACAGGACUGGGCAAACGAUUCGUCUAAGACAGGAUGCUGUCCCAACCACAUUUAAUUUGCCGCCUCGUCAUCAGAAGAAUGCACACAAACCAGGGAAACCCUCGAAAGAAAGUCAUUUAGAUUCAGCAAGCAACCUCCCAGAUACUGCAAAGACACCUGUACCAAAGUCUUCAGCACCUUCCCUGGGACUACUACUCAAUGCCAAAAAUCUAAGAGGGAUGGAGACCAGCAGCAUGGCAGCAGGAGCUAAUGUUGGUCGUGAUGAGGCAUAUACCACCAUCAACAAUGCUGCAAUUGCAGUCACCACCACCAAGUCUGCUUCUGUCACUGCCAUCACCAUUGCCACCGCCAUUACCAAGACCACUCCUGACACAAAGCCCCCAAGUCCUCAACUGACCAGAUAUUGCAGCUGGAGAAGGAUAUACCAGGAACUUCAAAGCCAGGGCUUGCCAGUCUCCUACAAUAAGAAAAAUGCCAUGGGCCCAUCUAAUGAACUAGUAGUAGAAUAUUUGGCCACAGUUGUAGAAAUGCAGAGACUAACAUACUGCCACAGGUGAGGUUUUGUCCACAGUUCCAGAAGGACACAAAAUAGUAUCAGAAAGUCAUGCCAGAAUCAACAACUAAAGGGUUUGAAGAGCCAGAUAAAGAGCCGAGAAAUGUGAUUUUAAAGGUACUUCAAUCACAUGCACAGUAGGAGCAAAAACAGCAGCAAACACACAGGAGAUGUAACACUACAUUGACCAACAGCAACAACUACAGCAGCAUCAACAAUUUCUGCAGGAGAUGCAAAAACCACACUGGCAACCUCAACAACAUCAAGGUGUCCAACAAGCACUCCGGGAACGUUAACAGCAACCACAGCUUCAGCUGGAGUUUCAACAAACACAUCAGAAAAAAACCAACAGCAGCAAAAAAAACACUUAUGAAUAAUGAAAUGAAUCUAAUUGAAACUCAAAAGCCAAUGACGCAACAUCUUUGACAAACUGAGACAAUUAUUCAUUCUUUUACAGGAUAAAGAAAUACUUUUUUAAAGUGUAAAUUUGCAGGAACACAAUGGAUGUUCCUAUGUAUCUAUUUAAUGAAAUAAAUUUGACUUUAAUAAAUUCAGUAAAUUCAAUUCAAUAAAUUUAGUGAUUCAAUAAAUAUCUACUUUUAUUUGUCAAUGAGUGAAAAUACCUGUAUUUUCUAUUUAGAAUGACAAAAAGCAAUUUAUCAAUUCAAUAUCAUCAAAAACUUUAGCAAUAUGGUUGUUAGGCCCUCCAAAUUGUUGAUAUUUUGAUGAAAAAGCCGUUUCUGCUGCAAUAUUUGACGCAACUCAAAUAGAUCAAAUAUUGUCGCAGAAAUUGUCAUUUGCCCUUGAAAGUAUCUGCGGCAAAUAUUUGACGCAGCUCAAAUAGCUGCAUCAAAUAUUGCCGCAGAAAUUGUCAUUUGCCGCAGAAAAUGGGAGUUGCCGCUGCGGCAAAUGUUUUAUGAAACGGGCCCCAGGUCAAUCAAAAUAUUUUCGAAUUCGUGCUGGUGAGCAACACGUUCACUCCCAGCGAUAGGGACUUGUUUAAAAAUGGCAUAGGAAAUAUGCAUUUUCUAAGUAUGGUAAACUCAUAGUAGAAUUUAGGUGUUGCAAGAAUUAAAUUGUGAAUGAACUGUAUUGGUAGGUAAGACAUGCAUAGAGGAUUAUUUGUCUUUAUCCAUUUCUAUUUUCCACAUUUUUCUUUUGUUUGACUUUAUUUUCUAGGGGGAAGCCCCACUCCCCCAUUCCUGUGGAUGCCAAUUGGUUGGGGGCUUGGAAUAGUGCAAGUUAAAAGGGUGAACCUGAACUUUAUA